UAGAGGAGUUGUAUGAGAAAUGGCCCAGAGGUGGAGAAGAGUAACGUGUGGAAUUUGGAGAUAGAGGGUAAUCUGUUAAGAGUGAACUAAAGGCAGGGGCGGCAGAGAGUGGGGGGUGUUGGGGAUUUGCAAAAAUUUGCUCGCUGCUUCCCUCCUUUUUUAAAUAUGCCUGGAGGGCGCCACAAACCCCACCCCUUACCACCUGAGCCCCUCCCCUAUCCCCUCCUCCGACCUGUGUGAGCAGAUCUUCCACCUAACAGAAUGCUGAGCUGAGAGGGACAGACAGAGCUAGCCUGGACAGCGCAGCACACUGCCUGACUCACCCUCCCACGGUGGGGCUACUCUGGACGGGAUAACGUGCAUGGAGCAGCCUGGAGACAAGCCAAGCAGGCCAAAGAGUGGAGCAUUGGUUAGAGUAGCCAUGCUCUCUCCAUCUACUAAUGGAGGACUCUAAGUAAUAGGGCUCAGCUUCAGAUAUCCUCUCUAUCUGCUUGCUACCAGGACCUGAAGCAGCACACACACCUAGACAGUUGUUGAUGUGAAUGUGUGGGUAGUCCACGCCUGAGAGAGAGACAGAGAGAGGGAGGGAGAGAGGUGAUAGGUGAAAAAGAGAAGAAGAGGAAGAAGAGAGGAGGAAGGAAUACAGAAAUCAAGUUAGAGCAACUAAAUCUCAAACUUGCUGUAUCUCAACUUACCUGUGACUGAACCUGUCUACACACACAGACACUCAGAGAUAAGUUGAGAGGAGAUGUACAGAAUAAGUUAGACAUGGAGCUCUUACUUGGAGAUGGAAAUCUUGAAGACCACAAGAGGGACAGGUCUGGGAGCUGUGUAGAGUUCUACCAGGUGAAACAGAUGAAGACCCUGGCCCACCGACGACAGUCCGCCCCCUCCCUGGUCAUCAGCAAAGCUCUUACCAAAUCACGAAGCAUGUCCAGGGAGAACUGCCUGUCCCCAGUCUGCCCAGAGAAGUGUCCCCUGGUGCAGGCGUUCCUCUCUCCAUGGAGGGUGUUCCUGGCCCACGCCCACACCCAGCUGCAGACCGGUUUACAGACACAGGAGAGACACCUCUUCCUCUUCACUGACACACUCCUUAUCGCCAAGGCCAAGUCAUCCACACACUUCAAGCUGAAGGCUCAGGUGCGUAUGUGUGAGAUGUGGACAGCAGGCUGUAUGGAGGAUGUGUGUGAAGGCACCACCAGUCCAGAAAGGAGCUUCGUCAUGGGCUGGCCCACUUUUAACUGUGUCGCCACAUUCAGUUCUGUGGAGCACAAGGAGAAGUGGCUUUCUCUCAUCAAAAGUCGAAUAAAUGAAGAGAAAGAGAAGGAUGACCCCAAGACCAUUCCUUUGAAAAUAUUUGCAAAGGACAUUGGGAAUUGUGCUUAUGCUAAGACUCUAGCUGUCAGUAAUUCCGACAGCACCACUGAUGUAAUCCGAAUGGCACUACAGCUGUUUGGCAUUUCGGGCUGUGUGAAAGACCACCAGUUGUGGAUGAGCUCCUAUAAGGAUGACUCCCCCUAUCCUCUGAUUGGGCACGAGUUUCCCUUCAGUAUCAAGAUGAGUCACAUUCGUAAUGUGGGAGCAGGAGGAGAUGGAGGGAAGGAUGCGAUUCCUCCUCCUCCUCCGGAGGCGGACCAGGGGACGAUGCUGCUGGACCAGUGUCUCCCUCCAGACACCCAGUGCCAGUUCAUCCUCAAGCCCAGCCGGGUGGACCUCAGACAGGCUCCGCUCAUAGAGCCAGGUCAGAAGUCUGUUAAGAGGAAGAGGUUGUUGAUAAACUGGGCCUUCUGGAGGGGGUCCAGUAGCCAACUGGACGGUGUCCCACUGUCCCCCACCUCCCCGUCCCCCACCCCGGGACGCCUGUUCGGACGGUCUCUCAGUUCCGUCUGCCGCCCUGACCACACCCUGCCCAAACCUGUCAUGGACAUGCUGGUGUUUCUGUACCAGGAGGGUCCCUACACCAGGGGUAUAUUCCGUCGCUCUGCAGGAGCCAAAGCCUGCAGAGAGCUGAGAGACAGACUGGACAAUGGGACAGAGGACACACACUCACUCACACACGAGUCUGUGUUCGUCACCGCCGCAGUCUUCAAGGACUUCCUGCGGAACGUUCCAGGCAGUCUGCUUUGUGUGGAUCUGUAUGAGCAGUGGAUUGGAGUGAUGGAGAGAGAGGAGGAAGAGGAGAAAUGGCUAGCCAUCCAUAGGUUAGUCCAUCUUCUGCCCAGUGAAAACCUGUUGCUUCUCAGACACGUGGUUGCCGUGCUCCACUGUAUCCAAGGAAAUGCAGAAGACAACCAGAUGAAUGCCUUCAAUCUGUCUGUGUGCAUCGCUCCCAGCAUGCUGUGGACACCAGCCCCCUGUAGCCCACGGGGAGAGGGGGAGGCCACCAAGAAGGUCUGUGAGCUGGUACGGUUACUGAUUGAGAACUGCAGGAAGGUCCUGGGAGAUGAUGUCACCUCUCUGUUUGGUGCAUUCCCUCAGAAGAGCAACAGCAGCGACCAUGGAUCAGAUGUGUCAUCUUUCCAGAUGAAUGACUCAUCCUACGACAGCCUGGAGAACGAGUUAAACGAAGACCCAGAGUCGCCCUUCCAGGAGUCCCUCCCUCUGAGAGACAAGGCCAUGCCAGACAGCCACAGCAGAGACUCUGUCAUCACGCUGAGUGACUGUGACCCAGACCCUGACCCUGAGGCUGACCUCCUACAUCUCCCUCCACUGCCCAGACCCAGGAAGUUCACCUCCGCCGUACGCCAACCACAGCCACGUCAGUCCUUUGUCCAAUCACAUGGCCCUCGGAGGUUACGACGCAGCUCGGAGCCCGCCCUUGGACACACCCCCGGAGCUCUGAUUGUCCAAUCAGAUAAGCACAGUUUGGCAUCACGUAAAGCGAGCUACGAUGCGGCGAUGGAGGGAGAGGAAGAAGAGGGGGAGGAAGGGGAAGAUGAAGUGUUUCUGAAGCAGGGGCUCAGGGUUUUGCAGCUGAAAGACAUUGUAGUCACAGGUGGAGAAAGAGGAGGGGUUGGAACUCUAGAGCGGAGGAUGCUGAAGCAUGCCCCGCCCCCUCCUUUACGAUUGGAUGCAAGCUGCUCCAGCCUGUCGUCCCCAGCGACCUCCCCCACAGGCUCCUCCCUCAGCUCCCUAGACUCCGCCUUCUCCCAGUAUUCCACAGACUAUGUCACCAGCGCCGGCUUCCAUUUCGCUGAGCCUUCCCCCCACUCCCCACUCUCACCCCGCUUCCCCCUCUCACACCUCUUCCCCCUCUCACCCCGCUUACCCCGCUCCCCCCAGGGCUCACCCCCCAAGAGAGACACAGUGGACUGGAUCCAAAGCCACCCCCCCCACUCCUCCCGGACGCCGUCCACCCACCACAGCCUGCACCCCAACACUUGGUUCAAGAGGGACCGACGGCUGUCACUUCGGCAACCUGACAACGGACACCUGGAGGAGGAAGUGGGGGAGGGGGAAGGGGUUAGCCUCCCAAAAUCCCCAGAGGUUAAAGGUGUAGAGGUGACCACCAAGAGGAGGUCCAGUAGCCCUCCAUCCUACCAGCAGGCUAUCCUACAGCUACAGGGGAGUAGGUCUCCCUUCUACAGAGGCACAGAGAAACCCCUCACCGUAAGGGAGCUACGGCUGCUGCACGACCAGUCCUGCAAAGUCACCCACAGACCCCCCACAGGAAGUGAGGUCACCCAGCCCCCCCAGGGUGUGUUCUAUGGACAGAGUAGCUCAACACUUACCCUCCAGAGGCAUAAGUCUCAUUCCCUCACCCCGGCCAUGGAUGCCAGCCGCAAGGUCCUCACCAUGCCUCGCAGAGCCUCCGAGCCCUCAUGCCUGACAGAUGCAGCCUCUAGCCUUACCCUGGAGAGGCCCAGGGUCAAGUCCCGGACCCACAGGGUCAAAGAUCAGCAGCUCCCUGAGAGCGGACUUAGAGUCUCUGACGUGGAGCCACAGCGGAACGGAGCAGGCCCAAACUCAGAGCCAGGGAUCUGCCUAUCACCCUCCACCACGCGGGCAGUGAGGGACUACUUUUCCUCGCAGGGGCGGGUGGAUGCAGACGCAUGCCUGGGUAGGAGUCAAGAGGUGGCUCUGGCCCUCGUCCAGGGGAAGAGGGAGUGGCAGAGCAGGAAGUGUAGUGACCCGUGUGUUGACGACUUUGACCAAAUGUUCUUUGCUGAAGAGUCCUACGUUUAAUACAUCCAAGAGGAUUUUAAGAGUGUCUGGGUUUGUUUUAUAUGGCUGGUCAAUGUUGUUUAUAGCAUAUCGGUUGUAUGUUUAUAUGGUAUUGUUGUUGGUGUUUAUAUUGUCAUAUAUGUACAGUUAUUUUCCCCUGGUCAUAGUAGAUGUUUGGUUGUGCUUGAGCUCUGUUUCUGCAUGUCUGUCAUUCAACAACAGGUAGAGCUCUAUAUUUAUGUUCAUAUGAUGCUUUGUUAUAGUGUUAUACGACCUGAAAGAAAUCAUAUGUGUAUUUUUGUACAUGAUGCCAAUCCUGCUGCUGUCCUAUAGAGUAUAUUUGCUACAGAACACACCGUUUGUAUAUCUGAUGUCUAAUGCUUAUGAAAAUUUCAUUAAAACGAUUAUAACAAAACGUU